AUGGAUAAAUUCUUGAAGCCAGAAAGAUUCGACGUGGAACCAACCUCAAUCUCGGCGGAUCAGAAAUGGACACACUGGAAACGAACGUUCUCAAAUUUCUUGAGCCAUAUCAAAGACGUUCCAGAAGCAAGUAAAUGUCAACUAUUAACUAAUCAUAUAGCCCCGAAUGUGUAUCAGUAUAUUAGCGAAGCGGGCACGUUUGCAGAAGCCAUAGACGUUUUAGAUUCAUUAUAUAUAAAACCUAGAAACGAGAUUUAUGCCAGGCAUUGCUUAGCCACGAGACGACAGCACGCCGGCGAAUCGGUAGAUCAGUACUUACAAGUCUUGAAACAAAUGAGCAAGGACUGUAAUUUUAAGAACGUCACAGCAGAACAGAAUAAGAACGAAUAUAUUAGAGACGCGUUUAUUAGUGGUUUGGUCUGUUCGCGUAUACGGCAAAGGUUGCUGGAAAAUACAACGCUUACUAUGGAGGCUGCUUUUGACCAAGCUCGAGCUCUGGAACUGGCUGAGCAACAUUCUGCUUCAUACUCUGGACCACUCACUACUACGGUCGCUGCUAUUAACGAUACAGUUAAACCCGACUCAGUAACACUUGAUACAACUGUGGCAGGCGUGACAAAGACUGAAAGGUGUUACUUCUGCGGAGAGAGUCGACAUCCUAGGACGUCGUGCCCGGCGAGGAAUGCUGUAUGUAGACUGUGUAGCAAGAAAGGACACUAUCAACGAGUAUGUAAAUCAAAACUUUACCAGCCCGCAUCAAAUACUACUGCAUCCGCGGACAGCGCUGGCACACUGGCAUCUGUCUCUGCUGCUACUCUAAACUGUCUUAAGAAAUCAAUAGUGGAUAUAAAAAUCAAUGGCGUUAAAUUAAAGGCUUUAAUAGAUACUGGAAGCUCUCUAAGUUUUAUCAACCAUACUUUUAUAAAGAAAUGCAAUAUCAAGGUACUACCGUAUUUUGGCAAGAUUACAAUGGCCAACUCUUCUUUAUCCACGGAAAUUACAGGCCAAUGCAAAGUCAAUUUUAAGAUGAAAGGCUGCUCAUACAACAAUAUUGUAAUGCUGGUAAUGAAAGAUCUUUGCUCUGAUGUCAUAAUUGGUCAUGAUGUACUGCAGUCUCACUCCUCAGUAAGCAUAGCUUUCUCUGGUAAACGACCAACACUCAACAUUUGCAGUGUGGCAGUUGCGAGGGUGCGUCCGGUGUCACUCUUUGCUAACCUUACUCCAGAUUGCACUCCAAUAGCAACUAAAUCUAGAAGACACUCCAAAAAAGACAGACAAUUUAUAGCUUCAGAAAUUAAAAGGCUAUUACAAGAUAAAAUAAUAGAACCUAGCAAUUCACCGUGA